AUGCUGGUGACAGUGACCCUGCCCGGCCCGGCCCCUUGGGGCUUCCGCAUCACCGGGGGAAGGGACUUCGGGAAACCCAUCACCGUCUCCAAGGUGAUGGAGCACGGGAAGGCGGCCGCGGGCGACCUCCGGCCAGGGGACGUCAUCGUCGCCAUCAACGGGGAGAGCGCGGCUGAGAUGCUCAACGUGGAGGCACAGAAUAAGAUCAAGCAGAGCCCCGGGCGGCUCCAGCUGCAGGUGCAGAGGUCCCUGAUGCCACCUUCCAGCCAUGCCAAUGGGGACACCUCACCGGAGAGGCUGGCCACACGCUUCCAGGACGCGCUGCGGGUGCAGGAAGAGAGCCAGGGCACCCUGAGAGCCUCCUACUCCAGCCCAGCAUCCCUCAGCCCCGCACCCGGCAGCGGCAGCCCGCAGCCCCUGGAGGAGGAGGGCCAGGGACUCUCCUGA